UGUCUCCGAUCGCGUCGCUUGUGUCGGCGCUGCGCGACGAUGAACUUUAUUUCUGCGUCGAUAUGGACACUGGAGAACCACUGUUUCAUUGUGUACACGAUUCUGCUGGUUUCCUUCGUGGUGUUUACUUUGUUUCAUAAGAAGAGGGUUGAGGCACAGGUCGUGAGGCAUAAUGCCAAGGCGAAAUUGGCGCGAAAUGGACCGGGGACUGGGAGAGAGCGUGAACGCGAUUUUCCUGAAGACGACCCGGACCCGAUCCUCACAUCAGCUAUCCCAGAAGACACGCCCCACAUUCCGUACAAGCCAAUCCACCGCUCUGAUGAAGAAAUCCUACAACGGUCCAGGGAAUAUUAUGAGCUGAUGGCGCAGCGGCGAUCUGUGAGGAUGUUCAGCACAGAACCAGUUCCUCAGGAGGUCCUUGACAACAUUAUUAAGACUGCAGGCACCUCACCAUCAGGAGCCCACACCGAACCCUGGACGUUUGUCGUCGUUCAAGACCCAGAAGUAAAAGAAGCCAUCCGAGAAAUCGUAGAAGAAGAAGAAGACCUUAACUACCGUCAGAGGAUGUAGCAAUGGACGACGGACUUGAAGCCAUUUAAGACGAAGGCUCAGAAGCCUUACUUGUCUGAUGCGCCAGCGUUGGUGCUGGUGUUUCGGCAGACACACUCGUGGAAAGAAGAUAGUACUAAGAGGAUGCAUUAUUAUAGUGAGAUCAGCGUGGCGAUUGCUGCUGGGAUUCUACUGGCGGCUAUUCAGUACUGCGGCCUAGUAGCCCUGACGUCCACGCCCUUAAACUGCAACGCGCGCCUCAAAGCACUGCUGUCCAGGCCCAACAACGAGCGCCUGGAAUUGUUGCUGCCGGUCGGCAGGCCUCAUGAGGGCGCCACUGUGCCAGAUCUGCAGCGGAAGACUCUGGAACAGAUCAUGGUCAAGAUCUGACUAGUCAACUCUUGUCUUUCCUAGAAAGAAAAGUUAAAGCUAUAAAAGACAUGUCAACAACUUUUGGUUUAUAAAUCCGUCAGUAUAGUUAGUACAGACUGGGAUUUUAGUAUCGUCCAUUUUUCUUACACAUAUUGAUUUGAAAGGGACAACACUACAAUAUUGCCACUUUUUAAUUUCUACUCUUCUUUGUCAGACUAUAACUUUAUGUUUUCUAAAAUCAAAAUUUAAGUUGGAUAUUAUGAAAUAUCGAAAACAAUCUUAGGAAUUUUCAGACCAUUAUCAGACCAGCAUCUUUGGCAUCUCACGUAUCAUCAACUGAGAGGAGGAUAUAGACCGUGAUUACCUUUUUGAAUUUAUUGAGGUCCCGAUAUUUCGACGCAGUUGCAUGCAUCAUGAUCACGCGAAACAAACAAUUAUUACAUAAAGAACACUGAUUCCAGUUCAAAUGGAAUCAGAGGGCUUUAACUGCGAAAACACAGUAGGCCCUUAGCUGUCGUUUUUAAACUAAGUAGGUAUGUUUUCAUACUUUUCAUAUUGCAGAUGACACAGAUAUAUAGCUUCGCAAAACAGUGUAUUAAUAGUUAUUUGUUAUACAAGGGGGCAAAGUUGUAUUUUAACGCCGAGUGUGGAAUUGAAAAACGAGCAAGUGAAAGGAUUUUAUAGUUGAACCA